UCAUUCUUUCUACCAACCGCACCGAAGCCAAAAGUGACACAUUCAUCGUGCGGUGCUGCCUGCUUGGAUCUCCUUCGUCGGCGUUCCCCGGAAGAAAAGUGACCACGGAAAAGCUGAUUUUUGUCCAGUUUAGUGCGCCUACUUUGCCGGUGACGGAACGUUGUUCAACUUGCUGAAAAAGUAAGUUUUAGUGCAGAAUCGACAAUCGGCGUUGUUCCGGCGGAAGAUUUUCGACUCAACUCGACCUCAUCAAGCGCAGCAAGACACAAAAUGGCUGACAACCAGGAGAAUGGCUACGACGAGGCGAGCGACUUCAAGCGCAAAAACAACAACAAGCAAACGCCGGAUGCGGACGAGGACAUGGACGCCGAGAGCCAGCAGCAGUCCCAGAAGGCGCAGGAGUACAUCAAGGGCAUGAUGGCCGAGCGGCAGGCGCUGGACCGCAAGUAUCCGAUUGCGGACCGGCUUCUGGAAGUGGAAAUUGAAUCCGUCCAGAAAUCGGGCAAACCGCCGGCGCGUCGUUACAUCGACAUCUACCGCGAGAAGCACAUCAAGGUCGGGGUGAAAAUCCUCGUCCCCAUCAAGGAGCACCCGCGGUUCAACUUUGUCGGCAAGCUGCUCGGCCCGAAGGGAAACACGCUGAAGCGCCUCCAGGAGGACACCAUGUGCAAGAUGGCCAUCCUGGGACGCGGCUCGAUGAAGGACCGCAAAAAGGAGGAGGAACUGCGCGCCUCGAUGGACACCAAGUACGCGCACCUGUCCGACGAUCUGCACGUCGAAGUCAGCGCGAACGGACCGCCGGCGGAAGUGCACGCCCGGAUCGCUUACGCAAUGGCUGAACUGCGCAAGUACCUGAUCCCGGACAGCAACGACUUCAUCCGGCAGGAGCAGAUGCGUGAACUGAUGGAGGACCAGGACCCGGAGGUGGCGGUCCCGCCCAAGAAGGUGUACAAACCGAAGCCGAUCCCGAUGGAGCAGCCGACGCCGCCGCCACCGCCGCAGAUUGCCAUGUCGCGACCGCUGCCCGCCCAGAAGAAGGUGCUGUCGAUUUUGGACAAGGCGCGCGCCGCCAUGGAGGACACGCACGGACCAAGCGCUUCCACUUUCAGACAAAUGGCCCCGGCCCAGCGCUACGAGGAACCGGUGUACGAGCACGGGUACGAACCGACGUACGCGUACCACCCGUCCGGUCCGCCCGCGCCCCGCCCCAAGUACGCCCCCGCCCCGCAGGAAGCCCCCGAGUACGAGCAGGAGUACCGCCGUGAGUACUACCGAGAGCCGGCCCCGUACGCAGCCGCCAAGCCAGCCCCGGUCACGCCCGGCUCCCGCACCUGGAAGCCGUCGUCGUCGUACGUGACGCAGCCGCCGUCCCGCGUCGUCCACCUGGAGGAGGCGACCAUGAUGAAGCGCGAGCCGGUGCCCCGGUACCGCCACGCGCCGUACACGCGACCGCAGAAGUAAAGAUCUCCCUCUCCCCCCCCGCGCGCCGCUGUCUGUCCAGCGUCAACUAUUUUUGGGGCACUGUUCAAACAAAACUGUAACGAGAAAACAUGAAAUGGAAUAAAAACCGAUUUGAAAUCAAUUUCUUGUGGGGCCACGUCAAGCGGUAUUUGG